AAUUUCCUAGAGGGUGAGAACGGAACAUGGGCGAACUCAACAGAACCUACUGAAGUAUGUCCAUUCAACACAACGAACGCCACCCAACCAAUCGGGCGUGCCAUAUGCGUCGGUGAUCUGAUUUCACAGAGUACAUGGCGUCCCAUGGAUAACUGUGGACCAUUCAGAAAUGUCAGCGAUUUACUGAGCCAAUUUUCAGAGGUUAAUGUAUCAGAUGAGAAUGUUGCUACGCUCAGUGAGGAGGUCAGUGUGUUGACAAGUAACACCGAUGAUAUCGUCUCUGAUGACAUUUCUUCGAUUGCAACUAUAAUUUCAAAUAUUGGUCAAUUUACUCAAACGAACUACAGUGAAAAGGUUACUGCAUCCAUUGUUGCAAUAGUGAGUAACAUUGCUCAGGUUAACUCAACACAACUUGAAUCAGCAUCAGACUCUGUUAGUAAAGUCGUCAGCGUAUUUGAGAAGCGGAUCAAGAGCAUACCUGUAGAGGCCGGUGGAAAUUUUACCAUUCAACAACCAAAUAUUGCCGUGCAGGUCAAAAGUGUAUCUACCAAUGCCAUCUUAAAAGGCCUAGUCCUCUCGUUAACAGGAGACAGAUCUGAUCUGACCAAUUCUGACACCAGCAUCCAAACUUCAAAAGGAGAUCAUGCUGAAGCUACACAACCCAAUAAUAUCGCUGUUGUCAACAUACCAUCUGCGAUUUCUUUUGCUUUACCGUCGAUAUCUAGAGGAAGUUCUAAUUCUGGCGGCUAUGUUCGCGUGAUCUUCAGCGUCUUUUCCUCACCAGCCCUUUUCAUUUCUAAAUCAUUGAAGAACACGAGUGAAGGAACCAACCGAUCUGCUAACACACCUGUAAUAUCACUGAGCAUCGGAAACGAGACGAUAGCAAAUCUGACAGAACCCAUCAAUUUUACGUUUACCCCGAUAGAGACUGGUCUACCGAAUCCGUCGUGUUCAUACUGGGAUGUUGGCUUUCGAGGCUGGUCCCAAGAAGGGUGUCAUCUUAUUUCGGCGUCUGGAAUUAGAUCACCUGAUGAUGAUAACUGUGGUCCUCCUUCCAAUGAGAAGGAGGAGAUCGUUUGUGGAUGUAACCAUCUUACCAACUUUGCCGUCCUUAUGGAUACUUCCAGAGAGGAUGGGCCUUCUGAACAAGCAUACGAAGUUCUAACGUACAUAGGAUGUUGCAUUUCAAUAGUAAGCCUACUUGUCACCCUUGCAACAUAUAUAUCAAAUAGAGUUCUGAGGGGAAAACAGACCAACCAGAUCUUCAUUUGCCUGUGCCUGACGUUACUCUGUCUCUACGUAUCGUUCAUUGUCAUGAUGUCCCUGGACAGCGCCAAACGUCAAUGUCAUGUAAAGGCAGGUCCAUGCGGGUUCAUUACGGCGCUCGUUCACUUCUUCGUUCUAUCUUCGAUCACGUGGAUGGGUGUGGAGGGAUACAAUACUUAUCUCAUCAUCGUCAAGAUCUUUGAUACCUACAUUCCACAGUUCAUGGUCAAAGCUGGUGCCGUUGCUUGGGGUAUUCCUGCAAUGAUUGUCAUUAUAACUGGAGCCAUUGCCCAGGACAAAUACGCGCACGAAGAUCUAUGUUUUCUCCAACUGUGGGCUCAAAUCGGUGGUCUCCUUAUUCCCAUGACAAUCAUCAUCCUGUUCAACGUCGUCAUCUUUGCCCUCGUCGUCCGUCAACUGAUGAAGUCUUCUAAUGUCGCUGGUCGGGUCAAGAGAGAGGCCAAGGUGGAACGUAGAGAGAGCAUCGAACGGGUUCAAAAUGCAAUCUGUAUCCUCCUUCUGCUUGGUCUUACAUGGAUCACUGGAUACUUCCUCAUGAUUCGAGAAUUCAGUCAGGUGAUUGAGCCCAUCUUCAUUGUGCUGAACUCAUUUCAAGGACUGUUCAUCUUCCUGCUCUACUGUGUUCGGAAACCAAUGGUUCGUAAGCAGUGGGGACUGACCUGUCUUGCAGCAAGAGUCAGGAGACAAGAUGUUACCACAUCUAGUAGCGGCACGCAUAGCUCUAAGAAUACGUCCUCGUCAGCAGCAACUGAUGUUGUCCUUGUCAGCAUGAGCAAGAUACCGGAAGAGAAGAACAUCGAGGUUUCAAUUCAUGUAAAGCUUUGAGUGGAAAUACUUACCUUUUAUGAAGAUGAUUUCCUACGUCUUCUAAUUUUAAUUAGGUUUGUGCGAUUAUAGUUGGUAAGUAAUUUUUGUUAUGGGAAAUGAAAUACAUCGCAAUUGGAACGAAGAUACAUAAAAAUAAACUCUUCAAAUAUUUUCACCAUGUUCAAAGGGAUGAUCACAUGGGUGACUUGCUUUAGUUACCAUUUUGACUCAAUUAGACUGGGCUAUCAAUCCAAUUGUAAAGUUCCCUUUUAUAAUUUCCAUUCGGAAAAAAAAGCUUCCAUGUAUACAACAAAAUUUGUAAAUCUGAAGUUUGAAUAAAAAGAUGACCAACAUGUAUAUAUUUCAUGAUUGAGCGAUUCAACAGUGAACAUAUGAUUUAUUCAAAAGUGUUCCAGAGUCAUUUAGAGAGCAUUUUCCCUUAUAUACCGAUUAAAAAAAAGAAGAUAUUUAACAAGGAGGAAAUCGUUGUUUGACGCGCAUUGUGCAUUAAGACUGAGGUCUCUAUUUUGUUGUUGUUACUAUAACUCUAUCCCUAUAGACCCUAUAGAAUAUAUGUAGUAUUUAGUAAUACCAUAGACGGAAUGUUUGAGUUCUAUAAACUAACAUCCGUCCUAUAAAUAUAUUACGUAACUUAUCAAUCCCCAAAAUAUUAUUCAUUUCUGUAAUCUGUAUUAUCUGUAAGUAUUGAAAAGAUGGGAUAAACUAUAAUUAUGGACUCAUUGU